UCAAGAUUAACAAGUCACACAAAAUUGCCAAAAUUAGGAAUAAGCAUGAAAAUUAUUGAUAUUUAAGGAAUAUUAGUUCACAAAAAAAGCAAGGAAUACUAACAGCAAACAACAAUCAAAUUAUGAAUGCAAAUGAAAGCGAUUUUAAGUAGUAAAUCAAGUGUUUGCAAAUGUGGCAUGCCACAAAAAAGCUUUUCACCACCUCGAAACUUUACCAGCUGCUAUCAAAACCGCCCCUUUUAUGUGCUCGUACUGGCGCUCUUGGCAUUUAACGGAGCAUUUUGAGCGUUUCGAAAUUGGCAAAGCUCAACUACUCGUCGCUUUGUCUCCAACAGCCAUUUUCGUGGCGUCUCAGUUGAGUAAAGGAUAUACGCGCGUGCGGUUGUUGCUGCCAUUAAUAGACGCUGCAGCGCUCUGUUUAAAACAAAAAAAUCAAAACUGUUACAAAAUUGUGAUUUUUGUUUUUUUGUAUGUAAAUUGCCAUUUUAUAAAAUCGACAGCAAUUAACUGCUAUAAGAAAAAUAUUGUAUACACAAAUUAUUAAAAAAAAAAGUGCAGUGCUCCGCAUGUGCGUGUGUGCGUGUAAGUUAUGUGUAUGUGUGUGCAUACUUAUAGGCGUUGUAUGAAAUUCCUAAGCAACAAUUAGACGAGUCGUACCAACAAAAAAAAGAGAAGAAAUGGAAUGAAAUAAAAAAAUUGUGGAUUCAAAAGCAGACGAAAGUAGACAUUUUGCAGCGAGUGCGUGAUUUCGAAACGGCAAAUAUUCGAGAGCGCAUAGAAAUUGCAAAAAAUACAAAAUUUAAUCAAAUGAAGCAUUAAAUGGUGUAACGCAAAACAGCUUGUGAGCUUUGUACUAGUGUGUGUGUGUGUGCAGUCCUAAUAAUUCUCUAUAUACGCGCAGACAUGCUGUUGCGAGUGCUGCUGCUGCUGCUUAUCGCUUAGCACCUUAAUCAAGUUAGUUAGUUGGCUUUGGCAGUCACAGCUCGUGUUAGGACUACUCGUAGUCGCUGCAUAAACUUCAAGCAGCUAAAUGUUGCGUACCGACCUUUCAGUCACAUCCUGAAGCCACCGUGCAGUGUAUACAACAUUCGAAAUUCGGUGCGCUCAGCAUAGCCGUUAGUGAGUUCGAAAUUGCGUGUUGUGCCGCGUGCCGCGUUCGUCGUCGCCUCUUCGUUGAUGCGAACGUCUGACUGCGACCGGUACACGUUUACCACCUCGACUGCGGCUGCGACUUUCCGCUUCAACGCUCUCCACGUCUACCUUUAAUUCAUUAUUCGCGCUGUAUAUAUGUAUGUAAACGAAACGGUAUAACAGCGCGUGUGUCUUCCUACUCCCUGCAAGCUUAAGCUUUUGCUGUGUGUGUGUGUGUGUUUGUUGUGUUCGUACGCAUGUCCUUUUUCUCACCAUACUCGCAUCAACUCGCCAUUCGCUAAAGCUUGAGAAGAGAAGCUCGUUCCUGCUCGUUGGUUUUUUGAUGCUACUACAUUGAAGUUUGCUGACUGGCGUGUUGCCCACACACACAACAUACACGCGUUUGUUAGUCUACAAAAAUCUGUGUGAAAACAUAUGUGCGUUUGUAAAGCGCAAAGUCACACACAAGCCGGAUAUAAGCGUGCGUAAAACCGGCUUUAUUAGCCCAUCGGAUGUGUACUUGAGGAAGUGUAGACGAUGCAUAAUAUAUGCUCUGUGCUUGAAUUCUGUUAGUUAACUGUUUUUUUGAUCCGUGUAAAUCGUUUAAAAUUAAAAUCACUGUGUGCACCCUAAAAGUAUGCAAUUGUUUUGCACCGAAAAUCUCGCGAUCCAUAUAAAAAGUGAUGAACACUCCGAAAAGGUUUUCUAUUAAAAAAAAAUAUUUUCUAUUAGUGUGAAAUUAUUUCCCUGUAUAUUGAGUGCUGAUUUUCAACCUACAUAUAUACUGCCUAAAACACUAAGUUUCUAAGUACCAUAAAUGCAACCAGAGCACAUGGCGCAGCUGUGAGUGCGCAUAUGGUUGUCUGAAGGCUUAAUGUGCGUAUAAAAAGCGAAAGAUAGAAUUUGAAGAAAAGUCCUGAGUGUUAAUUAAAAAGGCACAACACCAAUAACUACCCCAACGCAACGGUGACUGUGAAAACUAAAAAAACAUUUACAAAACAAUUGAAACUGCUGAGAAGCUAAAAUAUUUAUACGGAUAUGGAAGUGCGGGGGAAAUGUCAGUGGCAAGCUAAUAAACAACCACAACAGCGACAACAAACACAAAAACAACAACAAAAUCAGCAACAACAACUACUGGAAGUGCUGCAACAAACCCAACGGAAAUGCCACCAGAAACAAAACGGAAGAACAAACCACCUACGAUUACAGCAAAUACAACAAAAACGCCAUACAAAUGAAGAACUUGCAGUAAUUACAAAGCUGCAGCAGACAGCAGCGCAAAAAGCAAACGAAAACGUUGAACGACAGCAAAAGCGAAGUGCGUCGUGGCAGCAAGAUCCCAAAUUAUUACCCAUAAAUCAUCAUCGAUGGCCAAUGCCUACAUUGUUGGCGCACGCAGCCACAACGCCACCAUCGCCAACGCCAACACAAAAUAUUUCAAUCACAUCAGCAAAUCCUAAUGUGGUCAACGAAUUUGUGCGCUUCACUGCAGCUGCCAUUUCCCGAAGCCUGGCGAACGCGUCCGCGUCAAUAGCGAACGGGGCAGUGCGGAAAGCGAAAGGAUUCACUGCAAUUGCAAGUUGUUGUCGGAAACGAUUCCCAUUACUUUGGUUGUUAGCCCUACUCAGUGCGGCACAAUUUACACCAACAGCUACAACAACCGCAGCGGCAAGUAGAGCAGCGGCCAGUUCCGGUGUGUUCGGCGCAACGUCAAAGCUACUGCCACAUGGAAAGUUGAGUACCGCGGCAACCGUCACCGCUGUAACACUGCUGAGCCAAGCGUCCGUUGCACACGCGACCAUAUUGACUGCCAGCGCAACAACAUUUGAGCCGCGUCUAACGCGUUACAAAUACCCCACAGAAGCCGAGCAGGCUGUAGGAACGGAUGGAUACGCGGCGGAUGCGGAUGCCGAUGCAUUGGUGCAGGUACAGGUGAAACGCAUUAACUUGUUGGAUAAUGAUGAUGAGUCGGCAGCGGUGGCAGCAGCACCGCCAUCACAACCCGAGGAACUUGAGCAGGAGGAGCUGACGUCCGAGCAGGAAGAGCUAUACGAUGAGGACCAACAGCUGUCACAACAAGCGCCCGCCAGAAAGUUGAAUAGUAAUGAACAGCAGUUGCUUAUGUUCUAUCGACGUGUGCAACAUGCUGCCGAGCAACAGGAACAUCAAAGAGUUGAAAAACAACAACAGCAACAGCAUGGACACCAAUACAUACCAACAUCACAUCGUCAUUAUCAACGCGCAGGCAUAGAACAACAACCAACAUCCUUCCUCGUCGAGUCAAAGUUGCAUUACGCCGACAUAACGCCAACAGCUGGCAGUGCGGUUCCGUUGCCCGACAACGAUUUGUUGGCUAUGCAAUCAUUGCACAAACAUGUCACCAAACGGAGUGCAACCACUAAGCUGGCAUCAACCAUGGUAACGCCAACCAUCGACACUGCAGGAGCUAGCACUGCGAAUAACAGUAGCGUGGCUGCUAACAACGUCACCGCAGCGGCGAACAACACCGAGGAGGAGAAGUGUGAACCAAAGAUGUUGGAUGAGGUGCCACCCGAACCGUUCUUCGUAUUCACCGACAUCGCCGAAGAUGCUGCACGCCAAUUCACCGAAUUUAUUACGAAUAAAUUUGGCAGCUCAGGCCCACCGUCGCAGCACGCCAUCACAGCGGAAUUGCGUGAAGAGUUGCGUCGUCGUGCCAACGGCAUUGCCAGCUAUGCACUGAAUGAGGAUGAGAAUCUGUUGGCAUUUGCAAUUGCAGCGCCGAUCAUACAAACGGUUGUGGUCAAGUUCAGGGACGAUGUAACGAUACCACCGGAUCAGGUACACAAUAAAGCAUUUCUUGGUUCCUAUUGGCGUGAGUUGGGUGUGGCGUGGAACAGCUCGGAAGGCACACAGGAGUGGGGCGCACCCUUUCGAGAUUGCAAUGUGUUGAAGGGACGUUGGCUGUGGCCGUUUCGCAUUACAUUUACUGAAAAUAAAAUCAAAAUUGGAGCUGUCGCCUUCAUCGCCGCUGAUGAGGAUGUCUGUAAUGAUGGAUUGGAGGAAGUUUUCGGACGAAAGCAUGGCUGCGAUCGCAACACCACAUUUUGUUUACUCACCGAGAAUAAGCCCUCGGCGACACGAGAUGUCUACACCUGCAUCUGUCGUGAGUCCUUCUAUUUGCCCAACUCAACACUUCAAGGCUUUCGUGGUGAUAUUGUGGAAGCGUCCGAGGGUUAUGGCAAUUAUUCAUGCAUACCCUGUCCCGAUGGUUGUACAACUUGUGAUCAGCAUGGUGUUUGCUUGCUGGGUGAACCAACCGAGGUUGUGUCAAUGGAGAGCUUAUUAAAUGUGUCCGUGGGCUCGGUAUUGGGCGCUUGCAUACUUUGUUGUAUCGUAUUGAGUGUGAUUGUAUUCCGGCAGAGAAAGUGUAAGGCAAUUGCAUCAGGCAUGUGGACAGUGCUGGAAACAAUUUUAUUAGGAAUCAUAUUACUUUAUGCAUCGGUUGCCGUCCAUUUCUUUCCCGCCACCACCGAACGCUGUCUGCUCGAGCCAUGGCUGCGCGAACUCGGCUUCAUCACUUGCUACGGUGCCAUCAUAUUGAAAUUGUAUCGCCAUCUGGUCGAUUUUCGUACACGCAAGGCACAUCGUUGGGUAUUGCGCGACAUCGAUUUGUUGAAAUACUUGGGCACCAUGGUAUUUGCGGUCACCUGUUAUAUGGCCGCCUUCACUGCCGCCGCACUAGAUCUGAUCGAUGUAUCACAAUUGGGUACAUUGCGUGAGCAACGCACAAACACGUGUCUGCCACUCAAGUGGGAGUAUGUGACACAGGUCAGCGAGGUGUUGAUACUCUGCUUUGGACUGCAUUUAGCUUUCGCUAGUCGCAAUGCCAACACGCAAUUUAGGGAAAGGCAGUUCCUCGUUGCGACACUGAUCAUCGAAUUUCUAGUGUCGACCACAUUCUAUGUGCUGCGUUUCUUCUAUUUGCCCGAGAUGAGUCCGAGCGCUAUAUUUUUAGCGCUUUUCCUGCGCUCACAAUUGACCAACACCAUGGCGUUGGGUUUGAUAUUUGUGCCAAAAUUGUGGUAUCAGCAUAAGCAGGUCAACGAUCCGCAACGUCUGGGCGGUGGUUAUGCUGGUCUAUGUUUGGGUGAUCCCGAUAUUGGUGAACUAACAAUUGCCGAAAUGAGCCCAGAGGAUAUACGUGCUGAACUUAAAAGACUGUAUACACAACUUGAAAUUUUAAAGAAUAAAACCUUACGUCAAGACAAUCCGCAUAUAAGUAAACGACGUGGUGGACGAAAGGCUGGACAUCGUCGUUUCUCGUUACAAAAGAAAGGAAGCAAAGAUAAGGCUCUAAGUGCCAAACACCGUAGCAACAAACAUCAUCAAGAUAUCGAAAUCACCGAAGCCGAACCAUCACGCACACCCGAGGACUCUGUGUGCAGUGUAGAGGGACCAACAGACGCUGAGAUAUCGGGCAUUUCACAUUCAAUGCUCUCGCAUUCCGCCAUUUCACACUCCAUCGUCUCGCAUUCGAAGUGAAAUACAAGGUCAACAACUUGGGUGUGAAAUAAGUUUAAAAAAAUCUAAAAAAAAAUACGAAACAAAUGAAGUGAUAAUAACAAAAGGAGUUGAAUGAUUUUGAUGGUGGCACGAAUUGAUUUUAUUUUUUGAAAAAUGUUAAAAGAGCAUAAAAGUUAAUAUUUUAAGCAUCUGAAAGCUGACGAAAGCAUGAUGUACAUACAUACAGAUAGAUAUGCUUAAGAAGGUAAGCAAUUGUAAUAUAUUCAAGUUCGUUACGCUAUUUAAAUUAUAUUUAUGUAUGAAUUUUUUACCAAUUUUUAAGCAUAAGAUUUCUCUGAUAUUUUUUAAUGCCGCAGAUAAACAAAUUCAGUAGCUAAAUAUUUACUUCACAGAUCAUUCAAGUGUUCUGUUUGUUUCCUGAACUAAGAGCCUAACGCGUUCGGAUUUAAUAAAUUUCUUGUAUAACAGAGAAAAAAUGGUUAGCUUCAAGUUGAGCCUAUUUUUGAGGAUCAUUAAGAGAAGUACGAUUAGUGAAAAAUUCAAAAUGAACUACACUUCGAUGUAUGCGGACAUCUACAAACGAUCUUUAAAUAGUCAUUAUCUGCUGAAAGACAAAGAUACACUUAUUGGCCUUUGACCCAUCACCGAAAGACUUUGACUUGUUGGGGAAAUGUAACGAAAUGUCAAAAGCAAUAAAAAUUUAGCUACUCGAUGAUUUUCACAACCUGAAGCUUUGUUAAAAAUUAGAACUCACGAAAAAAGCUCGAAUUCCUUGAGCUUUCAUAAAUUUCGAAAGCUUUUUAAGCUCUUAUAAGCAAUUUCAUACUUUAGUUGAUAGUUAUAACUUACGAAAAAGUGCUUGAAGGCGUUGAGCUUUCAUAAAUGUCGAAAGCUUCUUAAGCUCUUAUGAACAAUUUCACACAUUUAUUAUUUUCUUGGCUAACUAGAACUAAUUUCUUACUUACUUCAACAAAUAAUUUAUAUAUUUUUUUAAUUAAAAUAGGAGAAAGCAUAAUUUUAUAAAAUUUUACUUACUAUUUGCCACAAAAUAUUAUUAUUAUAAAUAUAAAGCAAACUGUAUGAUACGAAUAAGUUGAAAAAAAAAAUAAUAAUAACAAAUAGUUUAUUAUAAUUAAAGAUGAAGAAUGACGCAAAAUAAUAAUAAAAUAAAAUAAUCUUAGUAAAAAGGAAGUGCUACAAUACAUAAAGAGCAAAGCCCACCUCUGUAGAAAACAAUGAAAACAUUUACUUUAGAAUUGUGCUGAAGAAAUAAAAAGUUGCAAUGAUUUUUUUGAAAGUUGUUACGGUAAUAUAAGCACUUUUUAAAAACUCAAAACAAAAUGCACAAA